ACGGGGGAGAGCUGUCAGAUCUGUUUUCAGAGAUAAGGCACUUCAAUCCAGGCAGCAACUGGAAACUUUGAAGAAGCAAGAACUACCCUGGAAGGACACUAUAAGAAACGGGAUUUCUUUUUACUUAGAAUUUAAAAGGGAAAAAAUCAAAACUUUAGUUACUCUCUUCAUCUGCUAAACCUGCGCUUUCCUAACUAAGCUGGGACUCUGUCUAAUAAGGGAUCUACUUUAUCUCUCUGGAUCCAUGCUACCUUUUACUACAUAUGUUCUUGAGGAAGAAGUGCAGAUAUGGAUCACGCAAGCUGCAGUUUCUCUUGUUGUUGCUGAUGCUGGGCUUUUUGCUACUGAUGGUUACGAUGCUGAAUCCACCACCCAGCAACCAGAGCAAGGAAGGGACUUUCCAGCCUGUGGAGUUCAACCCCCGGGAAGGGUAUCAGAUGGACUUUGCGGAGACCCAAGAGAUGCUGGAGACCCAGGAGGAGAGCCAGCAGUAUUACCCUCUGGAUGGGCUAUCACCUUUCAUCUCCCUGCGGGAGGACGAGUUGAUCGUGGCCGUCGUGUCGCCCACCGGCAAAAGGAACCACAGCAGGGCCAGGAAGGGCUACCGGGUGGUGAAGCAGCAGAGCCGGCGGCCGGAGGCGAGGGCGGAGGGGGACGCCGAGCCCCAGCUCCUGCCCCUUCCCCUGCAGCCUGGGGCAGGGGCUGCCGCGGGGGAGCGGCCGCUCGGCCUGGAAACCCACGGCUUUAACGAAGCGCUCAGCGAGCGGCUCUCCCUGCGCAGGGAGCUGCCUGAGGUACGACACCCGUUGUGCCUACAGCAAGAAUAUGACUCCAGUCUGCCUACCGCUAGUGUCAUCAUCUGUUUCCAUGACGAAGCGUGGUCUACUCUGCUUAGAACUGUGCACAGUGUUAUGGACACAGCCCCAAAGGCCUCCCUCAAGGAUAUCAUCCUAGUCGACGAUCUCAGCCAGCAAGGGCCCCUGAAGUCAGCUCUGAGUGAAUACAUCUCUAAGCUGGAUGGUGUGAAACUUAUCCGGAGCAACAAGAGGCUUGGAGUCAUCCGAGGCCGGAUGCUAGGAGCUGCGCGGGCAACCGGGGAUGUGCUCGUCUUCAUGGAUUCACACUGCGAGUGUCAGAAGGGCUGGCUGGAACCUCUCCUAGCCAGGCUGUCCAGCAACCGAAACAGUGUCGUCUCCCCUGUCAUAGAUGUCAUAGACUGGAAGACUUUUCAGUACUAUCAUUCUGUGGGCCUGCACCGGGGAGUUUUUGAUUGGAAACUCGAUUUUCAUUGGGAACCAGUGCCAGAGCGUGAAGAGAAGGUACGACAGUCUCCCAUCAGCCCUAUCAGGAGUCCUGUGGUAGCUGGUGCAGUGGUGGCCAUGGAUCGACAUUACUUCCAAAACACUGGAGCUUAUGAUUCUGACAUGACCAUAUGGGGAGCAGAAAAUCUGGAGCUAUCUAUAAGGACUUGGCUCUGUGGUGGCUCUGUAGAAAUUAUUCCAUGUUCCCGAGUUGGGCAUGUCUAUCGAAACCACUUUCCCCGUGCUUUGUCCUAUGAAGAGGCCAUUGUGAGGAACAAAAUCCGAAUAGCAGAGACCUGGCUGGGCACUUUUAAGGAGAACUUCUACAAGCACGAUACAGUGGCUUUCUUGAUCAGCAAGGCAGAGAAGCCAGACUGCAGUGAGCGCCUUCAGCUACAGAAAAGACUGGGCUGUAGAAAUUUCCAAUGGUUUGUAUCAAAUGUGUACCCUGAACUCUCCCAACCUGAAGACAAACCAAGAUUCUCCGGCAAGCUUUACAAUACUGGUGUUGGCUUCUGUGCAGAUUACAGACCUGGAAGAGCCAUUGCAGAAGGCUCUAUCGAACUCUCCCCUUGCAGUGACAGUCUCACCCAGCACUUUGAAUAUAACAGCAUGAAGGAAAUCCGGCUUGGUUCUGCUCCGCUGUUUUGCUUUGAUGUCAGACACGGGAAGGUUAUCCCUCAAAACUGUACAAAGGAGACAGACAACAGCCAACAGCACUGGGAUGUCCACGAGAAUGGAAUGAUUGUCCAUGUCCUUUCUGGCAAAUGCAUAGAGGCCACGAAGAGUGAAGAUGAGAAGGACUUGGUUUUGUGUGCGUGUAACAAGAAUGCAAAUCAGGUGUGGCAAUUUGAACAUUCCCAUGUGCUACGUGAGAGAUGACUGACAGGUCUCUGUGGAGGUCAAGUCUCCAAAAUUAACAUUACUUCUGUUUGGGAUUUAAGAUACGUUUCCUGCAUGGAUAAGAAAGAUGUUUGUGUUUGCUGUAGCAUGCAGGGAAGUUAGGAAAGUCUCUCCUUUGAAAGCCUGGCUCAAAUAGUUGCCGCGAGUUACUGGUUUAUUCAGCUCUAGCUACAAUUUUUAUUUAUUCCGUGAAGCAGGGAAU